UUCCCGCACGGGAUCGCGUUGACUUCUCGCGCUGACUUCUCGCGCUGACUUCUCGCGAUACUUGGAGGGGUCAGAGAGAAGAAGAUGGCGCUGCUGUUAAGACUUGCAGGGCGCCAUUGCGCGCGCAAACAGCUGUCGGCGUUUCCUCUACAACCAUGUUCUGUAGGCAUGGCAACCUCAGCCAAGAAAGAAAUGGAUAAAUUUUGGGAUAAGAACACACAGCUUCAACGGCCGCUGUCUCCACACAUCUCCAUUUACAGAUGGUCUGUACCAAUGUUGAUGUCCAUCACACACCGUGGAACAGGAGUUGCUUUAAGUGCAGGUGUGUCAGCAUUUGCCUUGGCUGCAUUGCUUUUUCCAGGAGACUUUGCCACGAAACUAGAAUUUGUGAAAAACCUGGAGGUUAAUAGCACGUUGAUCUACAUGGGAAAAUUUGUCAUUGCCUGGCCUUUUAUGUACCACAGCUGGAAUGGAAUCAGACAUCUGGCCUGGGAUGCUGGAAAAGGAUUUAAGAUACCACAAGUCUCGCAGAGUGGAUACUUCGUGCUGGCACUGACGUUCAUCACAGCAGGAAUUGUGGCUGCCUUAUAAACCAUUAUUCACCCAAACAUUAACUAAAACAUGUAUCUGCAGCAUGUUAUUACAUUGGUCAUAAUUUGCUAAUUCACACAAGGACAGUGGGAUACUUUUGGACACAGCACUGUAAUUGCAUAUAACGACUUGGUGAUAUGAAGAUAAGACUGAAAGAGGUUUUAUCUCAAUUUACUUUUCUGGACUUUUUCAGGACAUCUAAAAUUCUCUCCAAUACCUAAUGUUGCCACACUUUCUGUUUAAAACUAUGAUAGAAUGGUUAUUAAACAAAGUUAUAAACUUAAAUUAAUGUA